CAGCGGCUGCGGCUGCAACGCGGAGCCCCCCUGGAGCAGGGGGCGAGCCCGGCCCGCCUCUGCUCGGCGCCCCCUCCCCAGCCGCCGCCUUCUGCGGGGGGCCAGCUGGCCUUUGUCCUUCCCACCGAGGAGGAUCCGGACUUGGGGGGUUUCACCGAUUCGAUCCGUUCUUGCACCAACGUGGCAGGAGAAGGAAAGGUUCUGUCAGCUCUGUUGGGGGUCUCCUUGAAGCCCGAAGAUGAACCGGGACGACGCAGCCAGCCCGGGCAUAGGGAAAGCCCUUCCAGCCGUUCACGUUGGACGCCCCGGGAGAUUCCAGAAGAAGGGCCUGGGUGAGGACUCCGUCAGCUUAGAUGUGCAUCGCCAGCGCUUCCGGCAGUUCUGCAACCCGGAGGCCGAGGGGCCCCGGGAGGCCUGCAGCCGCCUCCACGAACUCUGCCGCCAGUGGCUGAAGCCGGAGCAGCACACCAAGACUCAGAUCCUGGACUUGGUGAUCCUGGAGCAGUUCCUGAUGGUCUUGCCUGCAGAGAUGCAGAGUUGGGUCAAAGAAUGUAGACCUGAGACCACUUCCCAAGCAGUGGCCCUGGCAGAGGGGUUCCUCCUGAGCCAGGCAGAGGAGAAGAAGCAGAAAGAGGAGCGGCAGAAGACCUCAAAGGACCCAGUUGUAGAAGAGACCACAGAAAUCCCCAAGGCAGUGAAGGCUCCGUUGGACAUCGGACAGAGGUCGCUGCCUGGGUGGGUCACACAGGAAAGCACCGGAGGUACCUCCUUGUUAGGAGAUGGACCCUGGAUGCCACCGAGAUCGGCUAGUCCAUCUCCUCUCUCUGGCCCAAAGGAAACACCUGGCGUGCAGCUGGAGCAGGAAUCCUUUGAGGAGGUGGCCGUGUAUUUCAACGAGGAGGAGUGGGCAAUGUUGGAUCCAGACCAAAGGACACUGCACAGAGAAGUUAUGGAGGAGAAUUGUGGGAUCGUGGCAUCUCUGGGAGAGGAUGGACAGGAGAUUGAAAAAGAUGGACAACCGUGCAGGUUGGUGCUGGAAGCAGACAGAUGUGAGGAGCCAGAACAGCACAGAACAAAAACUGAAGCAAAAGGGGAGGGGAAUGAAUCCUCUCCAUCUGUCGAUAUGAAAAUCCUAGUGUACGACAUACCAGUCCAAGAAAAAAUAGAAACAGAAUGGAGUCAGUGCCUUCUGUGUGGGAAAACCUUCAGUUGUAAAUCCAGCCUUAUUGCUCAUUGGGAAAUCCACACAGGGGGAAAGCCAUAUAAAUGCUUGGAGUGUGGAAAGAGCUUCAGCACUAGACAAUAUCUCAAUUGCCAUCGAAGAAUCCACACCGGGGAGAAACCGUUCCAAUGUUCCAAGUGUGGAAAGAACUUCAGUUCUAGACAGUAUCUCACUUGCCAUCAAAGAAUCCACACAGGGGAGAAACCAUUCAAAUGCUUGGAGUGUGGAGAGUGCUUCUCUUGGCCAAACUCUCUUACUUUACAUCAAAUUAUGCAUACUGGGAAGAAACCUUAUAAAUGCUUGGAGUGUGGAAAGAGCUUCAGUAGAAGUACCAGCCUUACUUCACAUCAAAGAAUCCACACAGGAGAGAGACCAUAUAAGUGCUUGGAGUGUGGAAAGAGAUUUAUCCAUAGCACAAGCCUCAGCUAUCAUCGGCGACGUCACACAGGAGUAUCGCCAUAUAAGUGCUUAGAGUGUGGAAAAAGGUUUAUCCAUAGCACGAGCCUCACUUACCAUCAACGAUGCCACACAGGUGUAAAACCAUAUAAAUGCUUGGAGUGUGGGAAGAACUUCAGCACUAGGCAGUACCUUACUUGCCAUCAAAGAAUUCACACAGGGGAAAAACCAUAUAAAUGCUUGCAGUGUGGAAAAAGAUUUAUUCAUAGUACAAGCCUCAAUUACCAUCAACGACUCCACUCAGGGGAAGAACCAUUUAAAUGCUUGGAGUGCGGGAAAAGUUUCAUUACUAGGCAACAUCUUACUUACCAUCAAAGAAUACACACAGGGGAGGAACCCUUUAAAUGCUUGGAGUGUGGAAAGAGCUUCAGUAGACGCACAAGCCUUACCUCACACCAGAGCAUCCACAUGGGGGCAAAACCCUUUAAAUGUCUGGAGUGUGGAAAGAGCUUCAGUAGUAGACAAUAUAUUACUUCUCAUCGAAGAAUUCACACAGGAGAGAAGCCAUUCAGAUGUCUGGAGUGUGGAGAGAGCUUCUGUUGGGCCAACUCCCUUACUUUGCAUCAAGUUAUACAUACAGGAGAGAAACCAUUUAAAUGCUUGCAGUGUGGAAAGAGCUUCAGUAGAAGCACCAGCCUUACUUCACAUCAAAGAAUCCACACAGGGGAGAAGCCAUAUAAAUGCUUAGUGUGUGGAAAGAACUUCAGUACUAGCAGAUACCUCAUUUGCCAUCAAAGAAUUCACACAGCAGAGAAAGCAUUUAAAUGCUUGGAGUGUGGAAAGAGCUUCAGUACUAGCAAAUACCUCAGUUGUCAUCAAAGAAUUCAUACAGGGGAGAAACCAUUUAAAUGCUUAACAUGUGGCAAGAGUUUCUGUUGGGCUAACUCACUGACUUUACAUCAAAGAAGUCACACAGGCGAUGAAUUAUUUAAGUGCUAAGAGAUGGAGAGAAGAACCCAUACUUCUCAUUAGAGAAUUUACACAUGGGGGGGAAACACCACAGUUAAGACAAAGUGCAGAAGUGUGGAUAAAGCUUCCUUCAGAAAAUAAGCUUACUACAUGGCAAGUACAUAACAAAGGAGAGAAACAUGCCAGACCUUAACUGUUUUAUUGAUUUUGUAAAGACAGAUCAAACUUUAAGAACUAUUUAAAAACCCACACAGGGAAGAACCCAAAUAAAUGCUUUGAGUGUGGAAAAGGCUUCCAUUUGGGUGCAAGCUUCACUUCCCAUCAGAGAAUCCACACCCGGGAGAAACCCUAUCAAUGUCUGGAGGUGAAUGCAAAGAGCUCCAGUUAGAGCUUGAGCCACAAUUGACAUCAAAGAGAUCACAGAGGAGGAACCAUGGAUUUGCAAGGCACACUGGAGGAGGUUCAUUCCCAGUACAACCUUGGAGGUGGUUUUGAGUGGAUGAGGAUGAAUCUGCUAAUGCCUAAUCCUGGUUGAGUGCGGUUACUAUGACUGGGACUUCUGUCAAUCUAGGGACAGAAAUCCAGCCUGUUCUUGGUGGAGUUAACACCAUUCCUUCUGAAUGAGGUCAACAGCCUGGGAAGUUCUCCAUAAUCCAGCCCCGCUCCUGGAAGAUCAGGUACUGAUGGGGACCCGAAGCGUCUGGAACCACCAUCAGCUGAUGGACCAGCUCUGCUUUCCCAGUGAGCCGCCAGACCUGCCCUCCUUCCUCUUGCCCUUCACGGUGGAUGGUGAACAUGCACUCUGCAUAGAACUGGCUUUGGAAACGGUUCGGGAGCCGUGAUCGGCCUACGACCAAGCUGUGGACUCUGGUGGGCAGAUCAGGGCAUGUAACUCCAUGUUCUGAAGCGUGGCAGGUGAGCGUGCACGGCGGGACCUUGGCGUGUGGUGCGCCAGGACGGUGGCAUGCCUCGCUGACGGGAAUCUGUCCAGUCUCCACGCAGCCUGCCUCAAAGACUUCCCCUCCUCGCCCCAGUGGACUUUCGUGGAGUCCCUGCUUUGCAUCGCUUCUCCUUUUCAUGCAGUUUCACCCUGAUCUUUGGUUUGCUGCUUUGUGCUAAAUUGGCGUGGAUUUUAUGAUGUUGCCGCACUGGUGUUGUUUCCGUUGUCAGUCACCUUGGCUAGAUUUGUAGAAAGGUGGGGUUGGAAAAGGCAGAUAAAGAUACGAAAUAGUUCUUUUUUACAUAAAAGAACCCACUCAGGAGAGGCGGCUGCACUAAGGGAUUUUGGAAAAGAGACAUCAUAAGCUGCUGUCUCAGAAGUGAGAAAGAGUCCUGUGGCAUCUUAAAGAUGUACACAGACAUAAACUCCCACUUACGACAGGCCAAGCCCAUGCCGUGUGCUGUCCAAUUUCAGCUCUGGGGAUAUCAUCCCAUCUUACAACUUGCAUGUGUGUGUCUUUUCUACAGUGCAAUCCUAUAUGUGUCUACUUGGAAGUAAUUUCCACUGAAUUCCAUGGGGUAUGUUAUAGAAAGCCCCUUCCCUUGACUGAUUUUGUCUGUUCUUUUGCGAUUUGGGAGGCGUCAGCAGUGCUGAAAUGACGUUACUAUAGAAUGGACGGAGAAGAACCAAUGUUUGAAGAUUAGGUUUGUUGGAAGAUGAAAUAGUGAGUCCUGGUCGCUUUUAGAAUGAUAAACCUAGUGAUACUGUCCACCCACAUUCUUUGUCUUUUUUUAAUCCUUUACUGAAGUAUACUGUGUAUUGGAUGCUAUUUAUGUAAUUUCCUAUACAAUUAAAUAAUUAUAAUUAGUGAGAACAAAUAUGAACGUGACACUGAGCAGUGAAGGCACCUUUUUUUCAGUAACACCCACCCUCUAGGUUAUUGUUUUAAGUUGUUUCUCUCCUUACUAUUCUUCAAUCUCCCACAGAAAGGCAGCAGAGUUGUCUGGCAGAUUGGAAAUGUAGUCACCUACUUCUUUUCUUUCGUUUGGACUCACAUCUCAGAACGUCCGUUGUCUCUCAUGUCACAGAGACUGGCUAUUUCUCAGUGGAUUCUGCUUGGAUCCUGCUUGGAAGAGGCAUUUCGUAACCUUUACCACAGUCUUUCCGUACUAACAGCAGGUGUAGAUUAGAACAGGAUCUGUGAAUUUGUUUGGUAAUUAGCCGGGGUGAGUGAUGGGGGAUUUCUGGGAAAUUUUGAACUGGAAAAUUGCCUCAGUUGAUUCAGACUGGGAUAUGUUCCGUUUGUAUCAUGGUGCCCAAAAGAGGGGUUUAAUUUAACACAGAUAUUUUACUUGUAUAUAAAAGCAAAGGUUUGGAGAAUAUGAAAGUACCUUAUGCCAGUUUUUGUCCCAAUACACCACAAGUAGGCUUGGGAUGAACCCUGUUGGAAUUGACCCUCCCACAAGCAUCUGUGGACUUGCUUUUGUGUCCAGCUUGUUCUUCAUUUGCCGAGUUGCUUAGGCAGGAGGAGGUCUUGCACCCAUCCUGCCGGAGGGAUCCUGUGGGCAGCUGGUUUGCCACCAUGUGUAUGGAGUGCCGGGUUAGGUGGGCCUUAGCCCCGAUCCAGCAGAGCUGUUCCUGUGUUCUUUCUUGGAGAGCCCCUUGUGACCAGCUUUCUUCAGCAUCAGCUGCAGCUUCACAGUGGACUGGAGAAAGGGGAGCUGAGCCCAGGGACUCCGGCUAUUUUCUCCCCCCAAACACAUCCCUAAUCACAAAAAAUUAACCUGAAAUAGUUUGAGAGAGGAGGAUGUAAAACUUGCUUAAUUUUAUGGAGAGCGUAACCCUGUGACCAAAGGAUAUUUCAGCUUCUCAGAUCCCAAGUUGGAGACAGUGCUCUAAGCUCGAGCUUCACAAAUUAUCUCCAGCCUCCAGCUUCCUUCUGCCUCCCUCUGAGGUGCUCCAGCUCAUGAAUUUCAGAGCAGGAAGACAGGAAAGUGGCUGAUGGGUGUUGCUGUAGGGUUGUCCCAUGAAAUGUUCGAUCAUACAGGCAUUUUUAUUGGCAUACUUUCAAGAAUGUAAAAGCAUGCAUUUCCAUGAAGCAGUUUAAAUUUAAGGGAGGAAAGAAAGGUAUUAAAUGAUCCUGCAGGUUAAUACAUUUUAGCAGCCCGAUGAAUUUCGUAGAAUAUGCUGAUAACUACUAGAGUCACAGAGUUGGAAGGGGCCAAGAAGGCCAUCAGGUCCACCCCGCACCAUUCCACUCAUCCAGGUUGUGCCAUUUCACUCAGGUUGAGUACUUUCAGUUUCCCUGUUCUUUUUCACACACACAUGGUAUUUCAGUGACUGAGAUUAUUCUCCCAUUUAUUUGAAAAUGAAAGAUUCAUUGCAGAUUUGAAACUGGCAGGCUUGCCCGAUUGUGCAUAUGCGAGAGGCAUAAUUCAUGAUUAUGAACGAAUGUAUGAAAUGAGCAGAAAAAUCAAGCAUGGGAAAAAACAUUCUGGAAACAUGUCCGUUUCGGAAAAUUUCAAAUGCAUGCUUUUCUGCCCCUGCAUAGCUAUCCAAGAUGAACAACAAACUGAAUGUUUCCUGGAAGAAUUAUGGAAGCCCACAGGAACAUAAAGUCUGAGAUGGAUGUGAUCCAAUCCAGUACUCUUCUGAUCCAAUCCAGACUCGAGGGUUGAGUUUAGGCCAUUGCUGACCAUGAGCCGUCAUUGAAACAUGGCUUAUUGUGUGUCUGAACCCAGUCAGGAUCGACCCACAGUUCAUAGCCUGACCACAAACCAUGGUUCUCUUCAUGGUUCUUCGUGGUUAGCAAGCCAUAUUCAACCCUUGAGUGUGGGUUUUCGUGGUCAUUCAUUCUUAUUUCCCUCCCUGCCAUCUGCCAGUGGUCCAUUUCCAAGAGCCCCUCUACACUAAAACUCUUAACAUGUUCAGCUGAAAGCCCUCCAAACCCUGAACAGCAAGAUGUGGCCACAACAUUGUUUUCUGGACCCAUAAAUAUCCCAUGCUUGGCUUUCCAUCCAAGUCUCCAUUUGACCACGUGGCUGAGAAAGCAAGCAUUCCUUUCCAGCAACUGGAAGGGAUACCAUGUUGUCUGGGAGGCAUUUGGGAUCUAUUUCUGGGACCUCCACAUGCCUUUUCACUGGGGCUGCGACCAAACUGAAAUUCCACAAAGGAAAGCAGAAGGGGUGCAGUGAGGGAAGUCGCUCGGGAGAGGAACAAAGGCAAAAUGUCCACCUACCAUGCCCAAUGCCCUAUUUGGAUGCCUCCUGCAAACCUAGACUGAGAACCUGCCUUCCACCUCUGUUGGCUCUGCUGGGCAUUAUUUCUUCAGGUGACCCAACCACAUCCCAUCUCCUGGCUGCUUUGGAAAUGCCAACCUGACACUAGCUCAAAGCUACCUCCAUUCCAAGGGGGAGUAUUUGCCUUCAGUCCCCAGAGCGGUCUAGCAUGGUCCCAUAGACGCCAUCCUGGCAUCCGCCAGCCUCCCUGCCCUUCCUGAUGUGUGUUUGUAGUUUUCCAUGUAUUAUUAUUCUUGUUUUUUCUUCAUUUCCGAGAAAGCCUCUGUGUUCCAUGCAGGCCCCAGAAAAAUUGCUUGAAAAUGAAAUUCCUGGUUGGUUGCCUGCAUGCGCAGCUGCCCAGAAAGCCAGAAAAUACAAUUUUAAUCUGGGGUGAGGGGAGGACACGUUGAGGGAGGUAGGAAGCACCCUGGGGUGAUUGGAAGGGUAUUUUGACUUUAAUCUCUGUGUGCUUUGCUUUUUUGUGUGUGUUUUAACUCAUUUUACCUCUUGAGUGUUUUUCUGAACUGCCACAGUUCGCUUUCUGUGAAACGGGCAUUUUGUCGUGCAUUUUUGGAGGCCAGUAAGAGAUUUGGCAUUUGGGGCUUGGACCCCACCUUAGCUUUGUACUCUGUUCUUUCGGCCAAAUAACUUGUUCCUCAGUUUGCCAUCUGUGAAAUGGGUGUUCUGCGCUUGGCCAGGCCCCCUGGCAGCUGUUUGUGAAUGGGGAAGCGCCUCUUCCUUGGGCUUGAUGGAGCCACCCUGCCCUCAAAUGUCCAAAUGCGCAGUCCUUCUCAUGGCCUAGUGCACAGGAGGAGAGACGUUCCCUGGAGGGAUUAGCUGCACAGAGCACCCCCAGUUUGGAAAAAUGCAUGGGGAGACCCCCCCUUUACCUCCUGGAACUCACUACCUGGGCCUUGAGUCUGGACAUAGCAACUUCGUGGUGGUCUUCUGCAUCUCCCCACAUCACCUUUUUCUGGGCCAGAUGGAAGAAGAAGGUGAAGAAGGGGCUUUUCUCAGGGCCCCACCUUGUGCCGUGGGCCCUUGGCAAUGGCCCAACCAAGCCGGACAUUCGUCGGAAGCUGCCUCUUUAAGAACCCAUUUCCAGAUGGGAAAUUCCCAGUCUGCUGUCCCAGCAAAACCCGAGUACGGAGGCACUGUUGGUUAUUUAGUUUUGGCGAUUUGCUAGGCCUAGAGGUCCAAGGAGCAGUGGGAUAAAAUGGAAGAGAAAUCCCCUCAUUCCUCCCCAUUGGCUAUGCUGGCUGUGGCUGAUGGGAAUUGCAGGCCAAAGCCUCGGCAGGGGCUCCACUAGGAUUUCCUCUCCCCGCUUUACUUUGUAGGCUAUAUAGUUGGAAACUUUAGGAGCUGCAUUUAACUAGUCUGGACAGGUGGGAGUUUAGGUGGAGCUAAAAAUAACCAUUUAGAUUGCUGCUAAUUUUGCCUGCCAAUCAUUUUUGGAUAUCAUAGCUAUUUUCACUUGAGGCCCGAAUAUAAUUCCUUGUAUAUCGUUUUCCAAACAGGCUCUACUGAGCGUUAAUCUUUUGCAUGUAACGAUCACCCCAUCUUGUGAUUUCUACUUAACGAUUGUACUUUCUCUGUAAUCAUUACGUGUUUCAUAUUUUAGUUGUGUGUGUAAAGUUCCUUUGCAUUUAUUCUCCUCCAGAAACCGUUUGUGUGUACUAUUCUUGCUUCAUAUUUCUUGUAUAACAUGUUUUUAUCUUUCGUAUGUUGAGAAAUGGCCGUUGCUUUUCUGCUUGGAAUUUUAAAUAAACCUUUCCGAUUUAUUGCA